AUGCUCAAGAUCUACUAUCACAAGAGCUUGGGCGGAUGGCAGAAACCAGAGAUUACGCCCCUUGAGAACCUGGUUAUGCAUCCGACUGCCGAAGUGCUUCACUAUGCCGUCGAGCUGUUUGAGGGCAUGAAAGCUUAUCGCGGUGUCGAUGGCAAAAUCCGCAUCUUCCAACCGGACAUGAACAUGAAUCGCAUGAAUCUAGCCGCCCAGCGUUCCGGUCUGCCCACCAAGGAAUUCGUACAAUGUCUCACCCGUCUGCUCUCCAUCGACUCCGAGUGGGUGCCACACACAGAAGCCGCCAGCCUUUACAUUCGUCCCACCUUGAUUGGCAUUGAUCCCACGUUGGGUGUGGCCUCCUCAGACUCGGCGCUACUCUACUCCAUACUCAGCCCAGUAGGCAGCUACUUUAAGACUGGCAGCAAUGGCGCCGUCUCCCUGCUUGCCGAUCCCUCCUACACUCGCGCCUGGCCCGGCGGCGUUGGCAAUCGCAAAAUGGGCUCCAACUAUGCACCCACCAAAUGUACAAGGGAGGCCGCUGCUCGUGGCCUGCAACAGGUGCUCUGGCUUUAUGGCGAGGAUCACCAGCUCACCGAAGUGGGCACCAUGAACAUAUUCAUGUUCUACGUCAACGAUCAAGGAGAACAAGAACUGAUUACACCACCGCUGAAUGGUCUCAUUCUGCCGGGCAUCACUGACUCCAUUCUGGCCAUGACUCGCCAGUGGGGCAAAUUCAAAGUACGCGAAGCCACCUUCACCAUGCCCAUGGUCUCCGAGCUGCUCAACCAAGGACGCUUAUUGGAGCUGUUCGGCACUGGCACCGCCUGUGUGGUUAGUUCCAUCAAUCGCAUCAACUAUUUGGGCCAGGAUCUGUAUAUUCCCACCAUGGAGCAGGAGAAGCCGGUGCAUGAACUGAUUCGCGAAACGUUGACCGACAUUCAGUACGGCAAAGUGGAUCAUCCCUGGUCGGUGGUCAUUGACUAAGCAUCCAACUUGUGCCGCACUUGUGUAUUAGUAGGUUAUAGUUUUUAGAGAAGAGGAAAGGAAUUUUGGAAGUCAGAAGAGAGGAGAAUUUCUGGGUUGAAAAAUGUGCUCGAAUUUUUGUUUGUUGCAUUUAAAUGAAUGUUUGCACAACAUUCGAACUAUAUGUAAAACACACAUACUAAAAGCUAUAUAUAUUUAUGUAUAGAGCUGCUUACCUAAUUAGCUAUAAGUUAAGGGCCGGGCUUUGCACCCAUGCUAUAUAGUUACUAUAUACAUUUACCUA